AUCAGGUAAAUUUCUAGGAAAAUCUGCAUUCUGAAUUUUUCCCCAAGCAAUCAAACUCUCGAUAAAGGAGCCUGACUUUGAAUGACAAACCAUAGGGUACGACAAGACACUGUCGUCCAUUGACUACCGAGUACUCAGAGACUCAGCUUCGUAUUUUUAGAAGAAAAAGCUUAUCGGGGUGGAUAGCGUAACUGUGCGUCCCCGGAUUAUUCGGCAUCGACUUCGCAACAGGUUCAAAUAUGACGGCAUUCUCUGACGAUUUUCUUACAAGGUUUUAACUUCAAAAACACGGACUUACAACGGAAUAUACCAAAUUAAGAGAUGGCUACAGCAGAAAUCACCCAUAAGGGAGUGCCACCUGUCCUCCUGCACCCACGCUCAGUUUUACCUGCACCCAUCCCCGUGUACCCAACAACCCUGGGUGGGCAGCAGGCCAGACCGCCCGUUCCACGCCCCGGUUGUCCGUUCCCUAAUUUCGCUGCCUCCAUCAAUAGCGUCACGUUCAGCACGUGGACCACACAUCCACUGGAGUGCGUGCUGUCCAACCAGUUCCUCCCAGGCCAUUUCCCGCUGACCAGCGCAGUGACCGCGGUCAGUCAAGGACAAGAGGGAAGAAGUGGACCUGCGGCCCACGUCUUGGAGAGGCGUUUCACGAAAGAAAUUCAAGACAAGCCUCGACCAAAGUUUGACUUCGCGCAUCUUGCCGAGGCUGCAACCCAAGAAUACGACAAAAUCAAGAAUGAUGACAGCGAGAGUGAAAGUGAAACUGACCGAAACCAAGAUGCGAAGAUUAUCAGUCAUGCUAUGUCACAGUUCUUCACUGGGUAUAG